ACCUGUCACCACAGACCAUCACAACCUCAUCAGCCAUGAAAGCGGUUGUGCUUGCCCUGACUCUGGCCUUCGUGGCUGGACAAAGUCAUAACUUUGCUCCUGAUUUUGCUGCCGAUAAGACCUAUGUGUACAAGUAUGAGGCAUUCAUCCUGGGAGGUCUGCCUGAGGAAGGUUGGGCGAGAGCCGGAGUCAAAAUCAAGUCCAAAGUUCUGAUUAGUGUUGAAGCCCCAAAUACAUACAUGCUGAAGAUUGAGGACCCUGAGUUGUUUGAGUACAGUGGCUUUUGGCCAAACGACACAGCAACCAAAGCAGAAAAGCUGACUGAAGCCCUGGCACCUCAGUUUCUGAUCCCUAUUAAGUUUGAGUAUACCAAUGGUAUUGUUGGAAAGGUUUAUGCACCCGAAGAAGUCUCGGCUUUCGUGCUGAACAUCUACAGAGGUAUCUUGAACAUCCUUCAGCUCAACAUCAAGAGGACACACAAUGUCUAUGAUUUGCAGGAGGCUGGAACCCAGGGUGUGUGCAAGACCCUUUACUCCAUCAGUGAAGACAUCAAGGCUGAACGGAUCCUUCUGACCAAGACCAGGGACAUGAACCACUGUCAGGAAAGGAUCAUUAAAGACAUGGGGCUGGCAUACACUGAAAAAUGUGACAAGUGUCAGGAGGAAUACAAAAACCUGAGAGGUACAUCAUCCUUCACUUACACCAUGAAACCAGUUGCAAGUGGCGUCAUGAUCCUGAAGGCACAUGUGAAUGAGCUGAUCCAGUAUUCACCUUUCGCUGAGAGCAACGGAGCUGCUCAAAUGGAGACCAAGCUAUCCCUUGUGUUCCUGGAGAUUGAGAAAGACCCCAUUCCAUCCAUCUCAGCUGAGUAUCGUCAUCGUGGAUCUCUUAAGUACGAGUUCUCUACUGAGCUUCUUCAGACACCUCUUCACCUUAUUAAGAUCACCAAUGCACAGGAACAGAUUGCAGAGCUUCUGAAUCACCUGGUUACCCACAAUAUGGAAAGUGUCAAUGAACAUGCCCCUCUGAAGUUUUUGGAACUGGUUCAGCUACUCCGUGCAGUUCGCUAUGAAGACCUGGAAACGUUCUGGAGCCAAUAUGAAAAGAUGUAUUCCCACAGACAUUGGUUUUUGGAUGCCAUCCCUGUCACUGGAACUCAUGCUGCUCUUAGAUUCAUCAAGGAGAAAUACCUGGCUGAUGACAUUAGCAUUGCUGAGACGAUUCAGGCUUUGGUUGCAGCUGUUCACAUGGUCUCAGCAAACCCCGAGACUAUCGAGCUGUUUGAGACCCUGACAACCACAGAAAAAGUAGUGACAAACCCAGUUCUGCGUGAAAUUGUCUCCCUCGGCUACGGUACCAUGAUUUACAAAUACUGCUCUGAGAUUGCUGAUUGUCCCACUGAGUUUAUAAAGCCCAUCCAUGAGCGUCUUGCUGAGGCUAUUUCUAAGGGUGAGACAGAGGACAUCAUCCUGUAUAUUAAGGUUUUGGGAAAUGCUGGACAUCCUUCUAGCCUCAAAUCCAUCACAAAGAUCAUGCCCAUUCACGGCACUGCUGCUGCAUCUUUGCCACUGAGAAUCCAUGCUGAAGCCAUCAUGGCCCUGAAGAACAUUGCAAAGAAAGAACCCAGAAUGGUCCGGGAAUCGGCUCUUCAGCUGUACAUGGACAAGGCUAUCCACCCAGAGCUCCGUAUGCUUUCCUGCAUCGCCCUGUUUGAGACAAAUCCUCCAAUGGCAUUAGUGACAACUAUUGCCAAUGCUGUCAAGACAGAGGAGAACUUGCAGGUGGCCAGCUUCACUUAUUCUCACAUGAAGUCCCUGAGCAAGAGCCCCUCCACCAUCCACCCCUCAGUUGCUGCAGCUUGCAGUGUUGCCAUGAAAAUCUUGAGUCCCAAGCUGGACAGACUGAGCUAUCGCUACAGCAGAGCCGUCCAUGUAGACGCCUACAACAGUACCUUCAUGGUUGGUGCUGCUGCUACAGCUUUCUAUAUCAAUGAUGCCGCCACCAUCCUGCCAAGGUCUGUUGUUGCCAAGACCAGAGCCUUCUUUACUGGAGCUGCUGCUGACGUCCUGGAGGUUGGAGUGAGGACUGAUGGACUUCAGGAAAUUCUGCUGAAAAACCCCACACUUAUUGACAAUGUUGACAGGAUCACCAAGAUGAAGCGCGUCAUCAAAGCUCUCUCUCAGUGGAGGUCUCUGCCCACCAGCAAACCUCUGGCUUCUAUCUAUCUCAAGUUCUUUGGACAAGAAAUAGCCUUCGCUGACAUUGACAAAACCAUGAUUGACCAGGCUGUUGCGCUGGCAAGCAAAAUCUCUGUUCAGGAACAUGUAAGAGAUGCUCUGAAGACUAUGCUCCUGUCUGGUAUCCAUGUUCACUAUGCUAAGCCUCUGUUGGCUGCUGAGGUGCGACGCAUUUUCCCCACUGUUGCUGGUCUUCCAAUGGAGCUCAGUCUGUACUCCGCUGCUGUGGCUGCAGCUGCCAUUAAAAUCACACCCACAACUACACCACGUCUGCCAGAAGACUUCCCCCUCACCCACCUCCUGGAGACAGAUAUAAGGCUUGAGACUGAAGUCAGACCCAGCAUUGCCAUGAACACAUAUGCUGUGAUGGGAGUUAACACCGCCAUUCUUCAGACUUACUUGGUAUCAAGAGCUAGACUCUACUCCAUUGUGCCAGCCAAGAUUGCUGCAAGACUUAACAUCAAAGAUGGUGACUUUAAGAUUGAAGCUCUUCCUGUUCCUGUGCCUGAAAACAUUACAGCUGUUGACCUUGAGACCUUUGCAAUGGCAAGAAAUAUUGAGGAUCCUACUUAUGAGAGAAUAACUCCAAUCAUCCCUGCCAAAUACUUGUCAUACAUCUCAAACAAGACUUUAUCAUCUACGUUUGAUUCCUCUUUUGCUGAAUCUGAUGAGUCCUUAGAGAUACUUCCCCUGGACGACGAAAUUGUCAAGUUCAACAAAACCUUCCGUUCAUUUUCUAAGAGGUACUGUGUUAAGUACGCUGAUGUUGGACUCAAGGCCUGUUUUAAGGUUGCCACUGAAAAUGGUGCUGCUGUCCGAGACAUUAUCCUUUACAGACUGGCUGGGCGUCACAAUGUCUCUUUCUCUGUCACACCAAUGGAAAGUGAUGUCAUUGAGAGACUAGAAAUGGAAGUUAGAGUGGGACCAAAGGCUGCAGAGAAGCUCGUCAAACAGAUCACCAUCAGUGCAGAGGAAAUUGAGGGAGCACCAAUCUUGAUGAAGCUCAACAAAAUCCUGGCUCCAAGCAGAAACCGCUCCUUGUCCUCCUCUAGCUCCAGCAGCUCUUCCUCAAGUCGUUCCUCCAAGUCCUCUUCCAAAUCUUCCAGCUCUUCAUCUCGUUCCAUCAGAAAGGUUGGUGAUCUACUUGGCAACAGCAACAGCAGCAGCAGUAGCAGCAGCAGCAGCAGCAGUAGCAGCAGCAGUAGCAGCAGCAGCAGCAGCAGCAGCAGCAGACUCAGCUCCUCAAGAUCUGUCAGCAGCUCAGCCAGGACCAGCUCUGCAUCAAGCCUUGCAUCUCUCUUCAGUGCUAGCUCCAGUUCUUCUCGCUCCAGCUCUCGUGCCUCAAAGCAAAUGGUGUCUUUCCAUAAGUUCAAAAAGAACCAUAAGCAGGUUCAAACUUCAGUAGAGGAAUACAACAGCAACAGCAGUGCCUCAAGCUUUGAAGAUAUCUACAGAAAGAACAAAUUCCUUGAAGAUGAGGCUGCCUACGUUGCCAUCGUCUUCCGUGCUGUUAGAGCUGACAAGAGGCUGCAGGGAUAUCAGAUCGCUGCCUACCUUGACAAACCAAAUGCUAGACUUCAGAUUAUUUUUGCUGACCUGGCUCCUGAAAACAACUAUAGGAUCUGUGCUGAUGGAAUUCUGUUAAGCAAGCACAAAAUAACGGCUAAAUUAUCUUGGGGAGAAGACUGCAAGGAGUACAGCACCAUGAUUACAGGUGAAACUGGCCUGGUCGGGCCAAGCCCUGCAGCUCGUCUGAGAAUGUCCUGGGAGAGACUACCAUCUGAUCUCAAACGCUAUGGAAAGAUGGUUUAUGACUACAUUCCUACCAAAAUGAUGUCUGACUUGAUUCGUGUAAAGAGUGCAAACAGCACCAGGAGGAUCUCCUUCACUGUGGUUGCAUCAUCUGAAAGGACUAUUGAUUUCAUUGCAAAAACACCAAUGAGCACUGUCUACAAUAUGACUGUGCGUCUUCCCAUCACUCUGCCACUCAGUGAGAUCAAAGGCCUCACCCCCUUUGAAGAAAUCCCUGCUAAAGCCCACUAUGUGUUUGCCAAGGCUAUCGCAGCUGAAUGUAGCUCCUUCGAAGAUACACUGACCACAUUCAACAACAGGACAUACAAGAACAGGAUGCCCUCUUCUUGCUACCAGGUUUUGGCUCAGGACUGCACCGACGAACUGAAAUUCAUGGUUCUGCUGAAGAAGGAUUCCAUGGAGCAAAACCAUAUCAAUGUCAAAAUUUCUGACAUAGAUAUUGAUCUUUAUCCCAAAGACAGCAAUGUGAUUGUAAAGGUUAAUGGAAUGGAAAUACCCUUAACCAGUCUGCCAUACCAGCAUCCAACAGGUUCCAUCGAGGUCAGACAAAAUGCAGAGGGCGUUUCUGUGUAUGCACCGAGCCAUGGUCUUCAUGAAGUCUACUUUGACAAGGACACGUGGAGUAUUAAAGUUGUGGACUGGAUGAAAGGCAAGACCUGUGGACUCUGCGGUAAGGCUGAUGGAGAGAUCCGACAGGAGUAUCGCACACCCAAUGGACGCCUGACCAAGAACCCAGUCAGCUUUGCUCAUUCCUGGAUUUUGCCAGCAGAGAGCUGCAGGGACACUACUGAGUGCCGUCUGAAGUUUGAAUCUGUGCAGCUGGAGAAGAAGGUAAAUGUCCACGGUGAGGACUCCAAAUGCUUCUCUGUUGAGCCUGUGCUCCGUUGUCUGCCCGGCUGCUUCCCAGUAAAGACCACCUCUGUCACUGUUGGCUUCAACUGCAUGUCUCAUGACUCUGCCCCUGAGAGUAUGAGCAACAUCUUCGACAGAAGCAUGGAUCUCAAGGAAACUGCAGAGGCUCACCUUGCCUGCAGCUGUACUGCUCAGUGUGCUUAAAACCAUGUCUAUAUUCCAACUUUAACUUUAAAUAAACUGCAUUUAAAAACAA